UCGAUGCUUCAUAGUAGCGACUUGUCUUCUUAUUGAAAUAGCUUUUAAAUAACACAUAUAUACAAUAUCCACAAUGACUAGCAUGCAGGUAGAUGAGGAUUAUACGGGUAGUGCGGACCUGACAUCGAGAAUUGUCACCCCGGGCAGCGCAAUCACCAGCGAUUCGGCGUACAUGCGCGGACACGGCACGUUUGCCGAGCGCGACACAAUCUACUCGUCUGUGGCCGGUGUGAUCGAGCGGAUCAACAAGCUUGUUUCAGUGCGGCCUCUGAAGCAGCGCUACAGCGGCGAGAUUGGAGACAUCGUGGUCGGCCGUAUAACCGAGGUCGCGUCGAAGCGCUGGCGCGUGGACGUCAAUUCGCGACAGGAUGGCGUGCUUCUUUUGUCGUCGAUCAACCUGCCCGGAGGCAUUCAGCGGAGAAAGUCCGAGUCUGACGAGCUUCAGAUGCGCACAUUUUUUGCUGAGGGCGAUCUGGUGUUUGCCGAGGUGCAGUCGUACUUUGCCGACGGCGCCCUGUCGCUGCACACGCGGUCGAUUCAGUACGGCAAGCUGCGCAAUGGCCAAAUGGUCAGUGUGUUUCCGCAGCUCGUGCCCCGCAGCCGCAGCCAUUUCCACAGCCUGCCCUGCGGUGUGGAUGUUGUUUUGGGCGUCAAUGGCUACAUCUGGGUCAGCAAGCAUGUGCCGGCAUCCAAGGUUGAGGCCAACGCCGAGCUUAUUUACUCGGACAAGAACGAGUUUAUUUCGGACGAAGAGCGCGAGGCCAUUGCCCGUGUCGCCAACUGCAUACAGCUGCUUAACCGCUUGUAUAUCAAGAUCACCGACACGUCGAUUAUAUUCGCCUACGAGGCCAGCUUGCCUCACGCUGCGAAGGAUUUGUUGACUCGCGAUGUUGCCGUCGAGCUCGCACACUCUGUCAAAGCGAGCCUCGAGCAGCAAUCCUAAAGCUAUCGAUUAAGCGGUUGUCUUCGGCGAAUCGUCAACCUGUUAACUUGAUUCCCGUCACUUUUUUAAUCCUAUUUUAGAUAUUAGUGACUCACUUGUUCCGUGUUAGCAACAUAUUUAACCCAGAUGAUACCAUCUUUUCAUCUCUACAUGGUACCCGAUCGACAGGG